AUGGUUCCUACACAUCCAUCACCGUUCGACUCGAAAAACCACAAUUUAUUUCUAAACACGACAUCAUCAUCUCAAUCUGCAAAACCGCCCAUAUUAUCGUCCUUUCCUGGAUUCCUUCAUGUUCCCUAUUUUCCUACAACGACCAAUAGCAACAACAAUAAUUCCACAACAACAACACUCUUUCAUGAGGAUUUAACAAUUCGUUGCAUCACUCCAUUGGAUCGAUCAUCUGAUACAAUCAUCACUCAAUCGCAUCGGAGCAAUAGUAACAUCACGUCGAGUCGAUCCGAUGCGAAAGAGAGCAAUGAAUCCAGUGAUGAUGAAAGUGAUGAUUCUGAAAAUAGUGUAAUUGAGAGUAGUACGGAAACAAGCCAAUAUCACAAUUCCGAAGCUUCAAUUUCUACUUUAAAAACAAGACGAAAGAGGAAGAAGAAGAAAAAGGGAUUAUAUUGUUAUAAGAGCUAUUUGGAUUGUCAGAGAAAAGAGAAAAAAUUAAGAAAUAUCACAGAAAGUGAAGAACAAUCCUUAUUGCACGAUUUAAAUAUAAUUUUUAACCAUCAUCCACCAUCUCAAGUUGAGUCCAUUAAUUUCCCAAAAUUUGAAAAAGCAAACUAUUUCUCUAAAUUUCUCUCAAAUCCUCUCAGCACUACCGAGUUGGCAAGAAUUCGAGCAAAAUUAAUAGUUCGACAACGAAAAAUGGCAAAACAAACUGUCAAUGAGAAUAAUGAAACAACAAAUUUUGAUAUUGAACACUUCACAAGAAAUUGGUCUCUUUCCAAAGGCUCCAAUUAUUACAAAACGAAUUGUGUCAACAAUGACACCAUUCCUUCCCAUCUCCUUCCCAAUUCCAAUCAUUUUUCAGAAAUGCAUGAUGACAGGUCUACAACUCUUACCUCUUUACAAACUCCAUCCAAAAGCAAAAUUAUUCCCAAAAUAUUACCCAAACCAACUUCCUUAAAAGAUCAUUCUAAAAAGAUGCUUCCUCCUCCUUCUAUUCAGAAAGGAGGCAUCACCAAUGCCGCUUCUUCAAGCCAUACUCUCUCAGCACAAGCCAUGUUGAACGAUCAUCCCUCUAAAAUUCCAUCCAAUGCUUUUCCAUUCAUGCCCAUUCCUUCCAUCUUUCAAAUGUCACCAUCUCCGUCGCCACAACCACCACAGACCUUAUAUCAUUCAUCGCCACCACCCUCGUACUUUCAUUUCACAUCUCCUCCUAACUAUUUUGUGGAGUACUUUUAUAAAAAAGGACAUGAAAUGAGUCAUCAUCAAACGUCCUCAGAAGAAAUGAUCAUGUCCACAACUCUGAAUUAUUCUUCUGAUAGGAAGGAUGGAAUUCAUACGAGUGACAUGUCAAGAAGAAAUGUAAAUACCAUUGUGAAAGCUGAUAUUGACAUUACAACAGUGGCAGAUCAUAUUGACCAUUCAUCAAAGGAUUCAAGAUUUACAACAGAUAAUAGUCGUCCUCUAGGCGAAGAAUGUUGUAAAAUUUCCACCUUUAGAGAAAAACUUUUAGGGAAAGAAAUCGAUUGGAAUAGAAGGGACAGAUCAAUAACUGCUAAAUUGAAAGAUGAGUCGCCAUGCAAGAUGAUUCGAUUAUUUAAGGAACUUGUUAUGAGAAUUCAUGAAAAAUUCAAUUCUCAAAAAGUUUCAUCACUGUUGCCCUCUUUGAAAUAUGGUCCAUCUCAUGUAUAUUUUACACAUAUUGAAGAACGCUAUGUUGUACAAACAAAUUCACUGCUCUCUAGGUGCUUUUGGCCCAGUAUUGAUGUUUCCAUUUAUUUGAAUCAACCUCAAUUUUCAAUUGUAUCUCUUUAUAACCAUUUAGUCGUAGGUUUUGGGACCAUAUGUCCUCAAACAGGGUAUAUUCACUAUUUAGUUACACAUCCUCAUUGGAGAAAUUGUGGAAUUGGUGCAUUUAUGAUUUCCUAUUUGAUCGCUCAAUAUUCUAAAAAGUCAUUCGAAAUUGUGGAAUCAACCAAACGAAUGAGCUGCCCAAAUGAAAUUACAAUUCAUGUGCCGACAACAGAUAUAAGAACGAUUAGCUUUUUGAAAAAGUUAAAAUUUACUGUAAGGACUGUACAUGAGGGCUUCUUUUCACAAUUGGUGACAACACCUUCUGGUGAGAACGAAAAAUACUCGACGUCGACAACGAAUAUUUUGGAUUUUUUGAAACACAAGUCAUUUGAUGCGUUACUAAUGUCUAGACCAUUUCAGGUUGUCAUCAAUAAAUAA